CAUACGACAGUAGACAACCAAAUCCUUGUAGAAAUUGCUACAAACGUUAUCCACCCUCCUAACCAGAGGAAUUCUCUCUCCUCCAUUGUUGAACAACUCAAGCUUUCUCCAUUACAACCAUUACCCAUCAAUGGCGACCUCAGUAUCAUUCCUCACUUCAUCUUUCGCAUCUCUCUCAUUCACCUCCAACCUCACUUCUAAAUCCCAAACCUUACCAAUUGCGCGCGCAAAACCCCUCUCAUUGACCCACCCUUCGGCCAUCAAACCCCUCGUUAUCACCGCAACAGCCGCCACUGCGCCGGUGGAAGCGGCGGAGACUGCCGACCUUGAGAAGUUCGUGAAGUCGCGUCUUCCUGGCGGGUUCGCGGCGCAGACUGUUAUUGGUACUGGAAGAAGAAAGUGCGCCAUUGCAAGGGUUGUUCUUCAAGAAGGAACUGGAAAAUUCAUUAUUAAUUACCGUGAUGCUAAGGAAUAUCUUCAAGGAAACCCUCUUUGGCUCCAAUAUGUGAAAACCCCGUUGGCUACGCUGGGUUAUGAAACAAACUAUGAUGUCUUUGUCAAAGCUCAUGGCGGUGGGCUUUCCGGUCAAGCACAGGCCAUAUCCCUUGGUGUUGCCAGGGCAUUGCUGAAGGUCAGUGCAAGUCAUAGAGCUCCUCUCAAGCAAGAAGGCCUUUUGACUAGAGAUUCCAGGGUAGUGGAGAGGAAGAAACCCGGUCUCAAGAAGGCUCGCAAAGCUCCUCAAUUUUCAAAACGUUAAGGAUGUUCUGCUAGCAGAGUUAAGGCAGCAGAAGAAAUUCCAGGGAAAGCGAGUGAAGCUGUGCUAAAGUGGAUUAAUGUUUCUAAUGCUAACUCUGAUAGGUUUCAGAAGCAAUUUCUGAUAUUUUCACAUUCUGUUGUAUGUAACUUGUACCCCUUUUUUGCCCUUGAUGUUGUAUGAGUGGGAAUAGGUUCUUUUUGUAUAUGCUUAUCAGAGUGUAAUUUUAUAUGUGCAACGAAUGAAAAUUACCCUGCUCAACUUCGUAUUGUCAUCACCCUGCUCAA